AUGGCCGACUCAUCAACCAACACCUCGCAGUCAGCGGCUGGCUCACAACUUCCUCCAUCCAGUACACAACCAACCACACAGUCAACAGAAGCACUUCCUUCAUCAUCAGAGACAGUGACAGCCUCAACUCAACAGGGGGCAGGUGACGCAACAACGGGCAACCGUGACAUUGACCUUGGAGGUGGCGAUCCGCUCGAUAAUGAUAUUGACAACGAUAUUGAUAUGAACAAUACUGACGAUAUGCCUACUACCACCGUCAACGGUACAAACGAUGCAGCUGCGUCUGCUGCGAAUGCACUUGCCAGUGCUGCUGCUGCGCCGCCUAUUAAGAAGGAGAGUAGUUUAAGAGAAUUUUUGGGGAAGAUGGAUGAAUAUGCGCCUAUUAUCCCAGACGCCGUUACAGCUCACUACCUAACAGUCGCCGGCCUCCCACCACCAGGCAACGGCCCAAAUCAAACACCACCACAUCUCGCACGCCUUCUAGCCCUCGCAACGCAGAAAUUUGUCGCCGAUAUCGCUGCCGAUGCAUAUCAAUACUCGCGCAUUCGUGCCUCGAACAGUUCAACCGCCAACAAUCCCAUGGGUGGUCUGAAUGCAGCUGCGGGUCUGAAUGCGCCUAAUGCAGCUGGCGGCGCUGGCGGUGCCGGUGCAGCGGGCGCAGGUGGUGACGCAGGGAAGAAGAGUGCUGCGGCGAACACGCAUCUUGGUAUUCAGAGACCUGGUUUUGGUGGGGGUGGGCAAGGUGGCUCGGGACAGGGACGGACUGUGCUUACUAUGGAGGAUUUGGGGAUGGCUGUUUCUGAAUAUGGGGUUAGUAUUAAGAGGGGGGAGUUUUAUCGGUAG